CCAGGCAGUGCUCCGAAAUUGGUUUGUCAUAUGCGCAGAGAGCAAAGCCUUGGAAGCAAAAAAUAUAUCGAGUUCUUUGCCGUGGAGAUUUUCAAACAAGACACAUUUAUUUGGCAUAGCCUACUCUUUUUUUUGCGCUAAUGUGUUUUGCCUUUGAGCUUUUACUUUCGAACGUGAUGUAGUAGUUACUGCACAAGAGGACGUGUUGUGCGCCACUUCUUUUGAGGGACUGUCAUCUGGAUACACAAGGAGACCGUUCUUUCUCCAGCAAUAUCGACAGUACACGGAUCAUACAGACAUGUCCAGCUCUUCUAGCCUACUAUCGGACUUCUGAGAAAAUAUAAGCGGAGUUAUUCGAAAUUAUUAUUUGGAAUCGCCCUUCUUUUCCCCUCUGAGGAGACUGAUCUGUGCGCAAGGACGAUAUCAAUUGUGUUAAGAAAAUAAGUGUGAACAAUUGUAUUACUCACACUUUCAAUGGGAGGACUAUUUGAAGGGUAUAAUCGUUUCACCAGUGUCUUCUAAAACACGGAUGGGAUAUAUGGUUCUAGUCUCUGAGAUGUGAUGUACUGGAUUUGUAAGGAGUUUUGACGAGAGAAGAACCACUCACAGGAUAGGCUUUGAGAAGCGUAAAACCGGACCAUAACAGGACUGCAGUUCAGCGGAAGGAACCUAACAGACGGAGCGCUCGCUUUGGGCUCACCAGGGAAGGCCUGACCCCUCCAUUGGGCGGAUCGACAGCCAGGCGGAGGGGCCAUGUGGUCUGCACGCCUGCUCCUCUUCGCCAGCCUGUUUGCGCCAGCAGCUCUGGCCUUCAGUCGAGCUCCCAUCCCCAUGGCGGUGGUGAGGAGGGAGCUGUCUUGUGAGAGCUACCCCAUCGAGCUGCGCUGCCCGGGUACCGACGUCAUCAUGAUUGAGAGUGCCAACUACGGCCGCACCGAUGACAAGAUCUGUGACGCCGACCCAGCGCAAAUGGAAAAUACACGCUGCUACCUUCCCGAUGCCUACAAGAUCAUGUCCCAGAGAUGUAAUAAUCGGACCCAGUGUGCUGUAGUGGCUGGACUAGAUGUAUUUCCUGACCCUUGCCCCGGAACCUAUAAGUACCUUGAGGUCCAGUACGAAUGUGUACCCUACAAAGUGGAACAAAAAGUAUUCCUGUGCCCCGGCUUGCUGCGAGGGGUGUACCAGAGCGAACACCUCUUUGAGUCGGACCACCAAUCCGGUGCCUGGUGUAAAGACCCCCUCCAGGCCUCCGACAAGAUCUACUACAUGCCCUGGACGCCAUACCGCACGGACACACUGACCGAGUACUCCUCCAAAGAGGACUUCAUCGCCGGGCGACCCACAACCACGUACAAGCUGCCGCACCGCGUCGACGGCACGGGCUUCGUAGUGUACGAUGGCGCUCUGUUCUUCAACAAGGAGCGCACGCGCAACAUCGUCAAGUUCGACCUGCGCACACGCAUCAAGAGUGGCGAGGCCAUCAUUGGCAGCGCCAACUACCACGACACCUCGCCAUACCGCUGGGGAGGCAAGUCGGACAUCGACCUCGCCGUGGACGAGAACGGCCUGUGGGUCAUCUACGCCACGGAGCAGAAUAACGGGCGCAUCGUCAUCAGCCAACUGAACCCAUAUACUCUCCGCGUAGAAGGAACCUGGGAUACUGCCUACGACAAGCGCUCUGCAUCCAACGCCUUCAUGAUCUGCGGUAUUCUAUACGUGGUGAAGUCGGUCUACGAAGAUGACGACAACGAGGCGACAGGGAACAAGAUAGACUAUAUCUACAACACAGAGCUGAGUAAAGAUGGCUUCCUGGACAUCCCCUUCCCCAACUCAUACCAGUACAUCGCCGCCGUGGAUUACAACCCACGGGACAACCUGCUGUACGUGUGGAACAAUUACCACGUGGUCAAGUACUCACUGGACUUUGGCGCCUUGGACAGUAAACCGGGAGAGAUCCGGAUGGCCUUCGUCCUGUAUAAGCACAUCGGAGCCUACCUGUCUACAGAGAAUGCCAGCAUGAAACUGGGCAGGGAAGCCAUGGCCACCAACUACUCUGUCAUUGUCAAUUCUCCCGUCAUCACAGCAGCCAUCAACAAAGAAAGCAACAAAGUCUACCUGUCCGAACCGGUCAUAUUCACCUUGAAACACCUGCAGCAAUCCAAGGAAAGCUUUAACCCCAACUGUUCUUUCUGGAGUUAUUCCAAGAGGACCAUGACGGGGUACUGGUCGACGCAGGAUUGCCGGUUGCUAGGCACCAACCGGACUCACACCACGUGCUCUUGUACCCACCUGACCAACUUUGCCGUCCUUAUGGCGCACGUGGAGGUCAAGAAUACAGACCCAGUCCAUGACAUGCUGUUGGACGUCAUCACAUGGGUUGGCAUCCUGCUCUCUCUGGUCUGCCUGCUCAUCAGCCUGUUCACCUUUUGCUUCUUCCGGGGCCUCCAGAGCGACCGCAACACCAUCCACAAGAACCUCUGCAUCAGCCUCUUCAUAGCAGAGUCCCUCUUCCUGGUGGGGAUCAACCGAGCUGACCAACCGAUUGCCUGUGCUGUGUUCGCUGCCCUGCUCCACUUCUUCUUCCUGGCUGCCUUCACCUGGAUGUUCCUGGAGGGUGUGCAGCUCUACAUUAUGCUGGUGGAGGUGUUCGAGAGUGAGCACUCGCGCAAACGCUACUUCUACCUGGUGGGCUACGGCGUGCCCGCGCUCGUUGUGGCUGUGUCAGCCGCCGUCGACUACCGGAGCUACGGCACGGAUCGAGUGUGCUGGCUUCGAUUGGACACCUACUUCAUUUGGAGCUUCAUAGGACCGGCAACCUUGAUAAUUAUGCUCAACGUGAUAUUCCUGGGCAUCGCGCUGUACAAGAUGUUCCACCACACCGCCAUCCUCAAACCCGACUCGGGUUGCCUCGACAACAUCAACUAUCGUUAUUAUGAUGGAAUUCUUAUUGUGGAAUGGCACUGCUAUGAGGAUUACGAACCUGAGAUCAAAUCGUGGGUGAUUGGGGCCAUAGCGCUGCUCUGUCUGCUGGGCCUGACAUGGGCCUUUGGCCUGAUGUAUGUCAACGAGAGCACGGUCAUCAUGGCCUACCUCUUCACCAUCUUCAACUCCCUGCAGGGCAUGUUCAUCUUCAUCUUCCACUGUGUCCUCCAGAAGAAGGUGCGUAAAGAGUACGGAAAGUGUCUGCGUACCCACUGUUGCAGUGGCAAGAGUGUGGAGAGUUCCAUUGGCUCUGGGAAGAGCUCAGCAUCCCGCCCACCAGGGAGAUAUUCCACCGGUUCACAGAGUCGGAUCCGUCGGAUGUGGAACGACACAGUCCGGAAACAGUCAGAGUCGUCUUUCAUAACCGGCGACAUCAACAGCUCGGCGUCGUUGAACAGAGGGGCAAUGGCUAACCAUCUUAUAACUAACGCUCUCCUCCGUCCCCAUGGCACUAACAAUCCCUAUAACACAUUGCUCGGGGAAUCGGCUGUCUAUAACAACCCGUCAGUGGGCAUGUACAACAUGCAAGACCCCUACAGAGAGACAAAGGGAAUCCUGAACAAUGCCCGGGAUACAAGUGUCAUGGAUACUCUACCACUGAAUGGUAACCACGGCAACAGCUACAGCAUCGCCAGUGCCGAGUACAUCAGCGACUGUGUCCAGAUCAUCGACCGGGGCUACAACCACAAGGAGACCACGCUGGAGAAGAAGAUCCUGAAAGAGCUGACCUCCAAUUACAUCCCUUCCUACCUGAACAACCACGAGCAAAACCGCAACCUCAUGAACAAGCUGGUGAACAACGUGAGCAACGGAGGCAAGGAUGUUAGUUUGGAUGAUCAGUCUUCCUUCCCUCCGCACCUCCACGAUGAGGGUCUGGGCCUGGAGUUGAUUCGGGAGGAGUCCAACGCCCCUCUUCUGCCCCAGAGACCACCGUUGCUGCCGCCCGUGGACAACCUCCACCACAACCACCUCCACAACCAGGGCCUGCCGCAUCAGCCUCCGCUCCCCCACCACCACCACCCAGCCUUCUCCUCGGCCACCACCACCUCGUCCUCGUCCCGCCGGCGGAUCCCGCAGGAAAACAGUGAGAGCUUCUUCCCCCUGCUCACCAACGAGAACACCCAAGACGUGGAGCCCACUUUGCCCAGCUCCCAACCCCACCACCUGCACCACCACAGGGACUCUCUCUACACCAGCAUGCCCGUGCUGGCAGGCCUACCAGAUACCACAGCUAACGGCACCACCACUGCCCCCCUUGCUGAUAAAGAUACAGGAGAGGGACUACCAGCAGGGGGCAGGAGCCCCGAGGCCAGCCAGGACGAUGUCUACUACAAGAGCAUGCCCAACCUGGGCUCACGUAACCACCUGCACCAGCUCCACUCCUACUACCAGCUGGGGAGGGGCAGCAGUGACGGGUUCAUCGUGCCCCCCAACAAGGAGGAUCUGCCCCCCGAAGAGGCCCCCCAGGAGCCCUCGCACCUGGUCACCAGCCUAUAGGCCCACAGACCCAAACCCCCCUGACCCAUUUGCCCCAAUUCCUUAUUGCCGUGGUUCCCGCUUUUUUCUGCCUCCCCUUCGCCCUACGCGUUCCCUUGUUUUUUUUUGUUUUUUUACUCCAUGUCCCAAAUUUGAAAAGCGAAACUGAUGCCUGUCUCAAUACUGACAGCAAACAGAAUAUUGAAACUGUUAUGUUUUGUGGAUAAUACGACUUGACUCGGUUCGAUGUUGGAGAAAUCUAUUGAUGUGCAUUUCACUUUUUUUGCGAGAUGCCGAACCUUGUAUGGAUUGAUGUGUUUUCUCUCAGUGGGAGGGGAGAUGAACACAUGGGACAGCUGGAUCUCGAGCUCUGAAAUGUAUUUUGACAGUCCAAAGGAACUACAAACGGACUCAAAAUACAUUCUGCUACUAGUUGAUGUGUAGAGUUCAAAUCGGAACAAAUCAAGAAUAAGACUAUUUUAUUAUACUUCUGUAUCCAUACUGGCUUUUUAAGGGGGGUUCUUCCUCUAUGGUGAUUUUGCAGUACAUUUUGUGCUGACGUGUUCCUGCAAGUUCGACGUGAACAGAUUUUGAACAAUGAAGGAAUUUAAAUCACUGCUUUACAGCAUUUUUUUGUUUUUCUUUUUUUUUCUUCCUUUUGCCGUAACAAUAAUAACCGUUGAAGAAGCUGGAGGGAAAAAAACUAAUAACAGAGAAUUCUGAGGUAUUUCUAUGUAAAUGUACAGAUACUAGCAUUGCACAUAAUAGUAUAAUUUUUUUGUUCCACUCAAACCUUUGUCUCUGUAAAUGUAGUUGGUUCGGAGCAUUUCCUUUUUGUUGUGCUGGUCUUGAGCAUUAUUUUGCCUCAUUUAUUUCCAAGAAACAAUAAACAAAGCAACAAAACUAAAUAACACCAACAAAAAAAGAAUCACAAAACACUUAUUAGCGUACAUAGCGGUGUAACCACCAAUGUUUUCCAAACCAUUUUAUUUUACAGUUUGGUUAUUUCUUCACUGUGUGGAUAGAAAGAGAAUUCUGGGUCACCCAGCAUAGAAGGGGACGAAAUCACAAGUGUCAGAAAAGUUAGCCAAGAGUUGGCCUGCAGAGAGCGAGCUAUUUUCUUUCCUCAUCAGUGAAGAGACAGGUGCUUCUCGGAGAGAAAGUGAACAAAUUGAAAUAUCAAUAAGUAACUGGGCACGACAAAAGUUUUAGAGUGAGGAAAAACAACUGGAAAUAUAUUUAUUUAUUUGUUCAAAUGACAAAGUACAGUGAUAGAUGGAGGUAAAGAAUUCAGCAGCACAGAGUAGUUUUUAUUAUGAGUAUGAUUAUGGCUUUUUAUUUAUUCAUUUUUGUAUGGGUUUCCAAGUUGAAUGACCUCAUAACUAAUAUUUGUUGUAACAGUGAAACUUGUUUGCCAACAAAUAAAUGACUGAUUAAGAUUUACCACAUA